GGCGCAGCGCCGGGCUUGGCGCAGCGGCACAAGACGAAGCCCUCGAGCUUCCCGGGCGCUCGGUCACCGCGCCGACGUGGGCGCGGGCAGAGUCGCCGCCGCCUACCGCCAGGCCGCCUCCUAACAGGAAGCCGUCAGCCUGCCGCGGAGGCCCGCCCCCAUGUAGCAAAGAGCCCGCUGGCCCCAGGGACUGGAGCGAGGGGCGGGGGGGAGGUGGGGGGAGGGAGGCGGGGAAGCGGGGCAGCCCCGCAGAGAAGCUGCGCCUCCGCAACCGAUUAGAGGCCGCUUCGCCAGGCCGCCGCAGCGUCCAUAUUGACGGGCCAAAGCGGAAGUCGUUAGGCAGAACGGAAGAGGAACCUGCAGGGGGACUUCCGACAGCCACCUGUGCCUUUUCUCCCGACUGUCGGGUGCAGUGAUGCUUGGGGGGCGCGUGGGAGUGGGGCGGGGCCGGCGCGCGGGUGGGGAAAGCGGAAGCGGUGGCCGCGAGUCGCCGGAAGUUGUGGGGGCGGAGCCAGGGAUGUCACCGAAAACGUCAGUAGUUGCCCCGCCCUUGCCCUCACCGCCCUCCGGUGUUUAAAAGGCUCCAAUGUGCCCUGA